GCAGCGUAGCCCCCACACUUUCAUAACUCUUUAAUCAUAGUUCGAAGGAGCUGAAUGAGUGGGAGACGAUCUGGGGACAACAUCUAUAGUAUGUCCAGUGAAUCACGUUGGCAUAUUUCCUUCCCACUGACCAAGGCUUUCAGAAAACUCUGCUAUUUGAUAUCCUGUGGCUCCAACUCUGUGUCCAGGCUUUGGAUAAACAUGGAGAUCCACAACUUCUGAGCAACUGGUUCCCCCUCCCUCUUUUCCUCUCCUCCGUUUCCUCUUUACCUGACUGAAAGCACGAGAUGAGCUCCGAGGAGAAAAGUUCCACCAUGUCCCAGAAAAUCUCCUCUCCAUCUCACAGCAAUAGCAGUUCUUCCUCCAAACAUGACAGCAGACAGGACAGCUGGGAGAUCGUUGAAGGUUUGCGUGGUGGUCAUUCCAAUGUUCAGGAGCCAGAGAAGCAGGCCGGCUUCAUGCUCAAGAAAAGAAAAUGGCCCAUGAAAGGUUGGCACAAGAGAUAUUUCUACCUGGACAAGGGCAUUUUGAAGUACGCCAAAUGCGCAGCUGAUGUUGAGAAAGGAAAGCUCCACGGCUGCAUUGACGUUGGGCUGUCCGUCAUGGCCAUUAAGAAGAAAGCCAAGUGCAUUGAUCUGGACACUGAAGAAAACAUUUAUCACUUGAAGAUUAAAUCCCAGGAGCCUCUUUGA